UUUUUUUUUAUAUUGCUUCAGCCUAAAAUCGAUAAAAAAAAAUGGCAGCAGUUACUAAUGGAGCAACUUUAAUUGAUCAAGUUUUUCAACAACGUUCGAGUCAAUUUGCUGAAUUUCUUACUUUCGAUAGUCAUGCCAAUGAAAAAGGCUCAUAUAAGGAUAUGAUUCCUACUAUGGUUCUUAAUGAACAAAGACGUUUAAUUGUUAGCAUCGAUGCCCUUCGUCAAUGGAAUCGUGAAUUAUAUUUUGACUUGAUUAAUAACCCAGGUGAAUGUUUACCUGCUUUUGAUGCAGCAUUAACUGAUAUGGUAAAGACGUUAAGUGAUAGAUAUGAAGAAGGUACACCUUAUUAUGUAGGCUUUAAAGGAAGUUUUGGCGAUCAUCACGUCAAUCCACGUACUUUACGUGCCAUGUAUUUAGGAAAAUUUGUAUGUAUCGAAGGUAUUGUUACUCGCUGUUCUUUAGUACGACCUAAGGUUGUCAAAUCCAUCCAUUAUGCAGAGAAAACAAAUAGUCACUAUAUGCGUGAAUAUCGGGAUGCCACUACACCUGGUAAUCCCAUUCCUACAGGCGCUGUCUAUCCUACUCAAGACGAUAAUGGUAAUCCCUUGAUUACAGAAUUUGGUUAUAGCACCUAUCGCGAUCAUCAAACUAUCAGCAUUCAAGAAAUGCCUGAACGUGCUCCUGCUGGUCAAUUACCUCGUUCUGUAGAUAUAAUUUUAGAUGAUGAUUUAGUAGAUCGUGCAAAACCUGGUGAUCGUGUAUCAGUUGUUGGUAUCUAUCGAUCCUUGGGUAACAGAAAUGCUUCACAAAGCAGCUCUACUUUUAAAACUGUUAUUCUUUGUAAUGAAAUUAGUUUAUUGAGUACAAAAGCUGGUGGUGGUAUUGCUGCCCCGAUUAUUACAGAUAGAGACAUUGUGAAGAUUACAGAGUUAGCACGAAAGAGAAAUUCCUUCAAGAUCCUUUCUCAAUCAUUAGCACCUUCCAUUUGGGGACAUGAAUAUAUUAAAAAGGCAGUUUUAAUGUUAUUAUUAGGUGGUGUUGAAAAGAAUUUAGAAAAUGGUACUCAUAUCAGAGGUGAUAUUAACAUGCUGAUGGUUGGUGAUCCCUCUACUGCUAAAUCACAAAUUUUAAGAUACGUUUUAAACAUCGCUCCACUUGCGAUAGCCACAACGGGUCGUGGUUCUUCAGGUGUUGGUUUAACAGCAGCAGUUACCAGUGAUAAAGAAACAGGCGAAAGACGUUUAGAAGCGGGUGCUAUGGUUUUAGCAGAUCGAGGUGUAGUUUGUAUUGAUGAAUUUGAUAAGAUGAGUGAGAUUGAUCGUGUUGCGAUUCAUGAAGUCAUGGAACAGCAAACGGUGACUAUUGCUAAAGCUGGUAUUCAUACCUCAUUAAAUGCCAGAUGUAGUGUAAUUGCAGCUGCUAACCCAAUUUAUGGUAUGUAUGAUCUUACAAAGGAUCCAGCUAAGAAUAUUGCUCUCCCCGAUUCUCUACUUUCUCGUUUUGAUUUAUUAUUUAUUGUGACGGAUCCUAUUGAUGAGAUAAGAGAUAGACAAAUUUCUGAACAUGUCUUAAAGAUGCAUCGAUAUAUUCCACCUGGAGUAGAAGAGGGAGCACCUAUUACAGAAGCUAUAGAUGAUAUUAUGGGGGAUGAACCUGAGGACGAACAAGUGGAUGAUGAUGAUGAAAUAUUUGAAAAGUUUAAUCCUGGCUUAUCACGCUUAACAACCAAGGUGCUUAAGACUUCUUUCCUUAGAAAAUAUAUUUACUAUGUUAAAAACAUUGUUAAGCCUACAUUAACAAAGAGAGCUACAGAUAGAAUUAUUAAUGAAUAUACAUCCCUUAGAAAUUACAAAGAUGAUGAUCCUAUGCAAAAGAAGACCGCUCCUGUUACAGCACGUACAUUAGAAACUUUAAUUCGUCUUUCUACAGCUCAUGCUAAAGCAAGAUUAAGUACAACCAUUGAAGAUAAAGAUGCAAAGGCAGCUGCAGAAGUAUUACGAUAUGCCAUGUUCCAAGAAGUUAUACGUACUAGAAAGACAAAGCGUAGAAAGAUGAGUACAUCGGAUAAUGAAGAAGAAGAAGAAGAGGAGGAAGAGGAAGAAGAAGAUGAAGAAAGAGAAGAAAAGACUCAACAAGCUGAUGAAGAUGAUAUGAUGGAAGAAGCUGAAAAUAACUUUACUGCUCCAGCUGAUGAUAUAAUGGAAGAAGAUUCAGCAGAAACUCUUUCACCAAAGAGAUUUGCCUUAUUUAAAGAAAGAUUACUUCGUAUACUUGACAGUCGUGAUGGAACUCUUGAGUUGGUAUUUGAUGAUGUGUUUGUGUCGAUAAAUCAAGGACUUGGUAGAAAUGAGGCAUUCACAGCCGUUGAAACUGCAAACGCUCUACAAAAGAUGUCUGAUGAGAAUCAAAUCUUUUACAGUGAUGGAGUUGUCUAUCGUAUUUAAUCAAAGGGGACCUAUCUCAUCUUAUUAUUUGUAAUAUACAUUUUAUUUUAUUAUUUUAGAAGC